UGUAAAUAUUACCUUUAUCAGCGACACGCGUGCAAGCGGAUGGUAUUUUCACUGUUUUGUCACUUAUGUUAAAUUUUUAGUUUUAGUUCAUAUUUGUACUUCAAGAGCUGUAUACUUUGAGAGGCUAACUUUGAGUGGAAAUCCGAACCAUGAAUGUUUCAAUGUGUCCUGGAGGACACAAGCUGGUUCCGUGGCGUUCUACAGGCGAGCGGAAUACCGCCCGUUGUCCCAUCUGCCUGGCUCACCCGAUCAAAGAAGUGUUUUUCCAGCCCACCCUGCGUGCACGGGAGGAAUUCUUAAGGUCGCUUCUUUUCAGCGUCAGCCGGAGCAAUUUCCCUGAGUCAUUGGACGUGGAGACAGUGUCUUCAAACUUAGCGAAAGACAAAGACUGGAGAAACAAACAAUUGGAGGUCAUGAGGGGCAUUCAGAAGGCGCUCAUGAUGGCCAAGUUGCAAAACAAGGUUACUUUUUUCAAGAAACUUACUCCAGACCAUAUUCCUGUACCCCUGAGUGAACAGCGCACUGUGGAAUGGCGUCCCUUUGUGAAUCUCCUAAUAGAAUGUGGAAUAUUAGAUGUUGUCAUUCUGCUCCUAAAGCUUCGUGUUUCCAAUCCCGCAGAUGAGGUGGACAAGCUGGGCGAUCCCUGGCAUGCAGUGUACUACUUCAGUCUGGAUAUCAUUGCCAACAUCAUGCUGUCUUCCUACUGGGAAAACCCAAAGGCCAAAAAGUUUAUCCAUAAGAUCGCCCAGAGUGAAUUUGUGGGUGCUGCCAUGGCCUUUGUUGAUGAUACCAAACACUUCCUGGCCAUGGUCCUGUCCAUCUACAACCUCUGCCACAUUUACGAGGACCACCCCCAGGCAGGGAUGUUGCUGGCCCGGUCCCCGCUGCUCUCCAAGCUGGGCGUCUUCAUCCACAAGGACAACAGUGUGCGCAUCAUGAACCGCUGGAUGAACCAAGGCAUCUUCAACUUUCAGGUGGAGGUGAUGAUGGAGAACCAGGCAGGCCUGCUGCCCAUGCGCAGCACGUCGGUGUUUGACAUCGGCGAACCCAUGGAGUAUACGGAUGAAGACAUUAAGGACAUUGGCAUACAGUUUGCCAGCACUUUACAGCAGAGCAGCCUGCAGUGUAUAGGCUAUUUGGCCAAACACAAGCAAGUGAGAGCAGUCGUGGUAAAGGAUCAGUUUGUUGGAAAGGCAAUUGGUCGUUGGGUACGCAUGCCGGUCCUUUCUCCCGAGAAUCGUUACAUGCUGGAAGCCUGCGUCAAGGUGCUGGCUGAGAUGGCAUACGAGGAAUCCUUUGCCUGGAAGCUUCUUGACGAGCACGGGUUCAUGCCACUGCUGGAGAAUGGGGUUUACUACCCAGAAGCAGAUGUGGUGUGGCACUACUUUGAAGUAGCCACCCGCAUUGCCAUGCACCGUGGGCUGCUUAUAAAAAGAAUUGUAGAGAAUCCGAAAAUCAUGCGAGCGGCGGCCAUUCAUAUGUACAGUCUAGAUAUCAACAUUAAUAUCUAUGCGACGGCUCUUUUGGCUUUAGCGGUGGAUAACCCCGGCGUGGAGUACAUCAUAAAAUAUUUUGGACCAAAACACUUCUACCAUUAUCCUAGUUACUUUUUCAGUAAGACGCCUAAAAUUGGCAUUAAAAUAGAUGAGCUUCAAGCGGGUUGUAGACGCUAUGGCAGAAAAGAGUUUGAUAAAGCCCAGAAGGAGUUCCGGAAGAUGCGGAACCAGACGCUGGAUAGCGGCAAGGCCACCCAGCUGAAAGAAGGCGGCAACGAAAUGUACAAAAGUGGCGAGAUACAGGAGGCUAUUAAGCUGUAUACGCGGGCCCUCAACGUCUGCCCUCCCAGCAUUCCGGUUAAGACUGCCCCCAAUUUCUUAUUAGGCGCCAUGCCGCAAUGGUCUUCUCUUCCAGCUACCUUAUUCAGUAAUCGUGCACAGUGUUAUCUGAAUGUUGGGGAAUAUGAAUUAGCAGUGGAGGACUGUGAUGAAGCUAUUGCACGCUGUUUUGGAGGCACCUGUCCUGAGGACCCCACCUUGGCUGACACUAUUAGACUGAAAGCAAUGUUCCGUCGCUCUAAGGCCCUCUUUGAAUUGGGGAAAUACUUCCGGGCUGUCCAGGAUGCUGGCGAAUGUCAGAUAAAUCAGCCAUCGGAGACGUUUAAAGCUCAUCUUGAUAAGGUGAUGAUGCGUUUCAGGAAUAUAAUGGGCAUGGACCCUGUUCAGCGGUGCGACGAGUGUCGACAAACCAACGGCUUCAAGCUGAAGCGCUGUGCUAAUUGUAUGGCCCUUUAUUGCUCCAAAAAAUGUCAGGAGGUGGCCUGGGUCAGACGUCACAAGGUUAAUUGUCAGGAAUAUCAGGUCGAAAAGGAAGCCAAGAAGAACAAAGCCACAGCCGAUGGCACAGCCAGAGCUAUGGCUAGGGCUUCAUGUAAUGGUAGUACAGACUUGGAGUAGGGGCAAGUCACAGCCACACUCACACAUGUCCACAGCUACAAGGUGUGUAGAAAGACUGUUAAUUUGCCUAUGUUACGAGGAAAAGAGGAAGCCGUGUCAUACCAAGACCCUCGGAUCUCUCACUGGUGAUAUCGCCUUCCUCUGAUUAUUUGGCAAGACUUUUCUGAACCGAUACUCGUUUUCUGGAAAAGAACUCCAAGCAUAACAGUGAUAAUACGAAACAUUAUUUUUUGUUUAAAAAAGUUUGUGCCGGAGUAAAGGGUAUAGGAAACAUGGUAAACUGUCAGUCAAAAAUGAUUGAACAUUCACUAAUGGCUUUAAUUUGAUAUCUUUUUGUGAAAAAACAGGAGUACAGUAGUUAAGUAACAAAAGUUAAAACUGAUGCUCAAACUACACUCCUGGUGUGGUUUGACAUACAUGAAUAUAGAACAUUCUAAAGUAAAACAUUGAUGCAUUGAUUUAGCAGGCAUGGGGCAACAGAAGAGGGAUAUGCUCCUUUUUGAUGUUCUGCUUCAGUGUUGAACUGCUUAGAUUUCAAGAAAGAAGAUAUUUUUAAGAAGUACUUCUGAACGUGGAAGCAGAGAUUAAUGUGAUUGAAAAAUGAGGGACGGGGGACUGAUUGGUGCUUGUAAAUUGCAAAUGUUAAUGAACACACUGCUGCUUGUGUGUAACUUUCUUCUUUCCUGUGAGGAGAGCAAACGAAUAGCAUACAAUGUAUGCCAAGGAUGAUGUGCAGGCAGGAUAUCUCUUUGCAAAGAAGAAACCCAAAAAGGGAACUGUUUGCUGAUAUGACUCAGGAAGGUGAUAAAUGUAUUUGUUAGUGGAUCUCCCAUGGAUUUAUUUGGGGAUGGGUGAACAGAGAAAGGGUAAUACUUUUUUGUUUGUAAUGACAGACUUACGGGCAUUAAUUCUAGUAAUUUGGGGUCCCAAAGUGUGACACUUUUGUGUCCCUUUUACACCUGACCUGUGUAAUUUGACAAGGAAAUAUCAAACUCUUUCUAUUUGUUUUGCAUGUAAUCUGCAUGCAAUUCAUCAAUCUCAGUAAUUAGGUCAUGUGCUCUGAACUUACAAAAUCAUAUGUCAGAUGUGACAGGGUCAAGAAACAAAUAUGGAACCCUGAUUUAUAGAAUCCCAUAAGAGUUAAAACCUGAAAUUUCCAGAAAGUGCAAAAUGAUAUUUGAGAAGCACUUCAAAUGUGCCAACAAAAAAAAACAGUGUAAGGAAAAAAUAGUUUUUGCUUGUAAAUCGCAUGCACUGCACUCCUGUCGUUGUUAGUAUAUGUGAUUCAAGUACAUGUGUAUGUAUAAACGUUUUAAUGAUUUACUUUGUGCUUGCUGUUGCUGGCACCAUGACAAAGAUGACUACAAGGAACCUAGGAGUGAUUGAUUUACUCAUGAUAGCUGCCAGUGCUGUUCAGAAAUAUUGCCUGAAUAGAGGUUUUGCAUGGUAGCCAUCUUGCAGGGCAGUUCUUUGGUUCCAUACGGAAACCUCCUUUGUGGAUACCCUGUGAAACAUAAGCACUGGCCUGCAAGAUGGUAGACAUGCAAACCCUCAAUAGGCGAGUGGUUACUUUGUAAUCUUUGUAACCACUUUGGGAUGGUAUUAUUCCACAGCAACUGUGGCCCAUGAAGACGUGCCAUUUUUGACCGACUUCUAAAAGGGUCUGUACAGUACUGACAGCUGCGCAACUCCCCCAGACAGGGAAUCAAUCACUCACCAGACACGCAUCCCACAGACAGGGUAUCAAUCACUCAUGAGAUACGCACAGACAUCACAUGGUGCUGCAUACACCAUUCGCUAUAACCUGUUUAUACAUGUACAUGUUCAUCCUCUAAUAGUCACAGGUAACGUGUUCGCAGGCAUCUGUUUUAUAACACAUUUGGAAGUACAUGUAUUUAAUUUGUACAGUAAUGGAUUAGAAGAUAUUGCAAAUAUGGCUUUACUACAACUCGUUAAGAUUAAAGUGAUUUAUGUAGAUGUAUAUAACACUGCCAAUAUGUGCAGCUUUAA